UGCACCAAACAGUUCAUAUAACUGAUGAACUUACUUCAAUCGCUGGGAUCUCCAAUGCUGCCCGCAUCCUCCACCAUAUGUGGGACCUCGCUUCAAGUGGUAGAGCUUCUUCAAAGCACACGGCAACUCGCUUAUUUUUUAAGGGCCUGUUUGCCCACUUUUUAUUUAAAUGUCAGUUCAAUAACAUAAAGGUUUCCCACGCAGGGGUAUCCACCAUCACACGAAUUCAAAUGAACAGUAUUCAGCCUCCUGGCUUGUACGCAGUUUUAAGUCUGCCUCCUGCAGACUCUUCCCAAAGUAUGGCACUAGCACACAGCUAGUCCGGCUUCCACCUCUCCUAGGUGUAGCCCACCUGACUCCACGGCAGAGACCUCCCGUCUGCCUGGGUGGAGUCCUCCUAACUGCCGGGGUGGAGCCCAGAACUCUGAUCCUGACUCUCUGAAAAGGCCUGCACACACCUGUGCAAUCAGUCUCCUGGCCAUUCCCAAAACCUGGUCCCAGGAUUGGAGAUUUCAUCCCUCCCAGAUCUCUUUGAAAUCUCCAGGCUCCAGAUCCCAAAACAGACCUUACAAACAAAGGAGGAAAGUGAAAA